GUUUACAAUUCAAAUGAAAAAGCAGAUCCAGGAAGAUUGAGCGUAAGGCGCAAAGCUGAAAACGCGCUAUCGCGGCUUUUCAUUGCUCCUUAUCGCGCGCGAGGCUUUACUGCCGAACUUUCAUGGCAGCGUUCAAGCCGAUCGGCUAAUAACAAGGCGGCAUCGCUGUACAGUCGCUCGUCACUCCUUCCUUCCGCUCGACGCGACUACGGUGUGUAGUGGCGCCGAUUUUCCAACCUUAGCUUCCACGAGCCGCAGACUUGGAGACGGCGCGAGGCAAAAGAGGGAGAGAGAGAGAGAGAGAGAGAGAGAGGGAGAAGGAGGUGGCAGAAGGAAAUCGGCGGCGGGGCGCUCGCUCCUCGCUCGACUGCUCCCGUCUCUCGCGCGCAUUUAUACGGCGACGUCGGCCGGUCGCGUGUAUUAUUCGGUUAUCGGAGUGCGUUGCCGCCUCCUCGCAGCUCCUUUCCUCACGAGCAACGCAGCAUUGUUUCCGUUAAGAGAGAGAGAGAGAGUGAGAUAAGCGCCCAGGAGGAGAAUGAGGCUGGACGGACCCCGGCUGAGCUAGAACUCGUGGGCUCCCGGCUGGACAGCGUCCUUUUGUUUGUUGUCGAUCGUCGAGGCCUGGCACACUUUCGCUCGCAGAGAUGACGAGGAAGGACGGCAGCAUGAGCGAGGAGAUCGUCGGCAAGGGCCUGGAGGGCGGCUACGUGAACCACGCGCUCAGCGAAUCCGGCCUCGAGCUGGCCCAGAACGGCUCGCAGGAGAGCCACCCGCAGCGCGAGCUCCACGGAUCCUCGGACUUUGUCUUGGUGGAGGAGCCGGACGCGGGCGAGGAGGAGAGCGAGCUUAGCUCGUACCUGCAGCAGGCCGGCCGGAGGCUGCGGCACGCCUGCAGCCGCAAGACCCUCUACAAGCGGCUGCCCCUGCUCGGCUGGCUGCCGCGCUACAGCAGCCAGGACGCCCUGGGCGACCUGGUGGCCGGCGUGACGGUCGGGCUGACCGUGAUCCCCCAGUCGCUGGCCUACUCGAACGUCGCGGGCCUGCCCCCCCAGUACGGGCUCUACGGCAGCUUCCUCGGCUGCUUCGUCUACAUCUUGUUCGGCUCGUGCAAGGACGUGCCCUUCGGGCCGACCGCCAUAAUCUCCCUGCUGACCUACCAGACGGUCGGGCAGCUCGAGGAGCCGCAGCUGCACGCCGUGCUGCUCUGCUUCCUCGCCGGGGCGGUCGAGCUGCUGAUGGGCCUCCUCGGGCUGGGCUUCCUCAUCGACUUCGUCUCCGGGCCGGUCAGCUCGGGCUUCACCUCCGCGGUCGCCCUCAUCAUCGUCAGCUCGCAGGUCAAGGACGUCCUCGGCAUCCCGGCCCAGGGCUCGACCUUCCUGCAGAUGUGGCGCAGCAUCGGCGAGCACCUGCAGGAGAGCUCGCUCUACGACGCGGCGCUCGGGCUGCUCUGCAUCGGGCUGCUGCUCCUGCUGCGCGCCGUCGCCUCGGUGCGGCUCGGCUCGGAGGAGCAGCGCCGGCACAGCGCCAAGCUCCGGCUGCUCGACCGGCUGCUCUGGCUGGCCGGGACCUCGCGCAACGCCCUCCUCGUCCUCGGCUGCGGGGCCCUGGCCUACGGCUUCCCCGGCGGCGAGUCGCCCUUCCAGCUGAUCGGCCACAUCCCGAGCGGCAUGCCCGGCCUGGCCGCGCCGCCGUUCGGCUACAGCCGGCCCGCCGACAACGCGACCGUCGGCUUCCUCGAGAUGGCCGGCAACCUGGGCAGCGGCAUCCUCGUGCUGCCCCUGAUCUCGCUCAUGGAGGACAUCGCCAUCUGCAAGGCCUUCGCCAGCGGCAGCUCGGUCGACGCGACGCAGGAGCUCAUCGCCCUGGGCCUGGCCAACAUCGGCAGCUCGUUCGUGCGCGCGUUCCCCGGCAGCGGCUCGCUCAGCCGCAGCGCCGUCAACAACGCCUCGGGCGUGCGCACGCCCCUCGGCGGCCUCUACACCGGGCUCCUCGUGCUGCUCGCGCUGCUCUUCCUCACGCCCUACUUCGCCUUCAUCCCCAAGGCCACGCUCGCGGCCAUCAUCAUCGCCGCCGUCAUCUUCAUGGUCGAGGUCAAGGUGGUCAAGCCCAUGUGGAGGGCCAAGAAGUCGGACCUGAUCCCCGGACUGGGCACGUUCAUCGCCUGCCUGGUGCUGCAGCUCGAGCUCGGGAUCGCCUGCGGGGUCGGCAUCAACGUCCUCUUCAUCCUGUACCACGCGGCCCGGCCCAAGAUCUCCAUGGAGAGGCUCAAGAGCCGCAGAGGCGUCGACUACCUCAUGCUCACCCCGGACCGCUGCCUCAUCUUCCCCUCGGUGGACUACGUGCGCAACCUGGUGAGCAAGUACGGGCGGCGCGCGACCGGCGCGGCAGGUGCCUCGACGCCCGUGGUCAUCGACUGCACGCACAUCUACGGCGCGGACUACACCGCGGCCAAGGUCGUCGAGUCGCUGACCAAGGACUUUGCCCAGCGGGGCCAGCCGCUCUUCUUCUACAACCUCAAGCCCUCGGUCUACGCGGUCUUCGAGGGCGUCGCGCCCCAGGACUUUGUCGUCUACUACACCCAGGAGGGCCUGGACGACCUGCUCAAGGAGCGGGCCGCGAGCUGCCUCGAGCGGACUCUCCAGGACGUGCUCGUGCCCUGAGACGCGCCCGCGGUACUACAGCCUCCUCUUGUCGCGAUCCCGGUAUCUUCCAAGAGAUAUAUUUACAUACGCGUUAUGUAUAUCGUUGCUUGCUCGCUCCUUUCUAGCUCCCGCUGGGCGGCGCAACCUACGUUUUUAAGAUGCUCUGUGAUAAUUUUGUAAAGAGGGAGAACGCAAGAAGAAGAAUAACACGAGACGAACGACGGACGCUUCGCGUCUACAGUGGAUAUAUAUAUAUAGCUUGUAAAUAAACCCUGUAAGUAUUCUGGGAGUCGGCUACUGUAGCGAUCGCUGUGCCUCCCCACCCGCCCUGUGUAAUUAUCUUGAUUAUGUAUGCCUCGUAUUCGAGCAGACGCGGACGCAGGAGACGCAGUGAGAGAUCGGAUUUCCACGCCGGAUCCUCGUUCCUAUACAUUGUAUUGAGAAAGAUUUAAGAGUGUGCGAGCGUGCGACGACUACUCGUCGUUGAUCUAGAUUAAUUAUCUCUCUACGAGAUAUGAUAUGAUAUGAUUAUGAUAUGAUAUGAUAUGAAUUUAUAAAUAAUAAGAUUGCUUAGUUAACCGAA